CUGCGGGUAAAAUAAGUAAGGCAAAAUGUCCACGGAGUUGCAGGCUACAAAAUUUAACAAAGAAAAUACAGACAACCGCAUUAAAUCAAAGAUGGCAGCAACUCUGAGUGAUGAAAGGAAAACUCUCAAGACCCUUCAGCUUACUGCAGAUGGAAAACUUUUAGGAUCAGAGAAGCCUGCAAAACAACAUAAACAAAACAAGAUCAUUGCGUACAAAAAGCCAAUCCAGAUAUUUAAAGAUAAGCCAGUGGCUGCAUCCAGCCCAGUGCGCCGGUCAGUGCAUGAGAUGUGUGUGCAGGCUUCCCCGGAGCACACUGAGAUGUAUGUGCAGACUGACAUAUCUGGUGUCUCAAGAGUAUUUGGGUCCCCAGAUCUACAUAACGACAGUGGGGUGGGAGCUGGUGAUCUUGAUCAGGAGGCGUAUGAUCUCAUGGUCAAAGAUCCCAUACCAGAGAGCUACUGGAGAGAAUUGGCAGAGGAGAGAAGACAGUCCCUAGCUGAAGCUCUUGCUGAAAAUGAAAAGCUCCACCAGUCGAUGGAGGAGCUGAAGGAUGAGAACCAGAACCUGUCGCUGCUGGCCAGCCAGGCAGAACAUCUUGCCUCUGUGCUCAAUAGUGCCUUUGGAAAUGAUGAGGAAGAGGAAGAUGACACAGACAACCAAGACAACGACACACCUAAAGAUAAAGACAACACGGACACACCUGGAGUUGAAGACAACAAGCCAACUGCAGAAUAAACCCAAUAAGCACAGUGUUGACUUUGACACCAGCCAUCAAGGAUAUCCUGCAGUGACAAUGAUGGAUCACUCUUCUUGCCUACAUGAUAAUCAACAAGGACGUUAAAUUGUUCUUGUCUUAAGUGACUGGUGCUUCAGAAUAACUGUAUUUUCAAGAUGAUCUCAGCGGAACAUUGUAAUGUUAAUUGUGUUGGAUGUAUGCCAAUGUCUUUCUUACUUUCUUACAUUGUUUAAAAUAUCAUCAAUUAGAAUUUGCAUAAAGAGAGUCGGUGAAUUAUGCUAGCCUGCCUUGUAAAUAGAAAUGGUUUUAACUGUUUUUAAUAUUAUUUAACAGCUUUUUAGUUAGCAAGAAUGUAUACAGAAAACCAAUUUUAGAAUUGUUAAUUCCAUGAUAAAUAUUACUGUUGUAUACAUUUAUGCAUUACAAACGCAACACCACCAUUGUAAUUUCAACACAACCAUUGUAAUUUCAAAACCACCAUUUUAAUUUCAACACCACCAUUGUAAUUUCAACACCACCAUUGUAAUUUGUUCAAUCAUGCUGGAAAUAAUUGGAAUUACGAAAACUUCAUCAAAGUUCAUCAAGGUCAUGUGAUGUAAUUUUAAAUGGUUUUAUUUGACAUUUGUGGCUGUAAAAUGGUUAUUUUUAUCACUACAAGCCGUUUAAGAUAAAGAAUAAAUUUUGUAAUUGUGAGACUUAUGGGAAAUCACUUAUUAGAUACUGGAAUAUUCUGGUGGUAUUUCAUUUUCCAUCUCUGUGGUUGUUUAAAUCACCAGAAUACCAGUCCUUCAUACACAUUUAAAUAGGUUUACUUUUAAUGUAGCAUUAUGUAUGUGACAUGACAGUUUCCCUAAAAAAACCCACUAAUAUGUGUGUAUAUCAACGAUGUUUAUUCAAGUAGAUUCAAUUGUAUUUCCAACUGCAUGUUUAAGAUAUUGUAUUGUGAUUAUGAAAGAUGAAAUAGUUUUCAUUGAUCAUAGAUAGGUGGGAAGACCAGUGGGAAGUUAUUGUAUAAGUUUGGCUCAAGAAAAUGUACAUGUUCUUACAGUUUACAAAACCUAAAUAGUUUACAGAAGUUAAUUUACAGAUAAAAACUGGUAAAUUAAGGAGAUUGUGGUGGAAGAAAUUACCUAUUAACUAAGAUUUACCCAAUGAGAUUGAGAAUUAAAUUAUAACAUAAAAUUACAUAGUAAAUAUGAUUUGCUGAAAGUUAAUGUUAUUGUUCACUGCUCAGUACUGAAAUGAAAUGUGUUUGUAUUUUGUUUUAUUGUAAAUAUAAGUAUUGUCAAAGAUAUUUGAAAAAUAAAACGUAUAAUGUUG